AUGUACGCCCUCUCCAUGCUCUUCACGACCCUCGCGUCCCUCGCGGCCGUCUCCGCCGGCGGAAACGUCCUCUUCUCCCAGGACAACAUGCGCGCCACUGUCUACUAUGACGUCGCUUCUGGCGACCAGUGUGGCCAGCAGAACGGUGGCCCCUUCCCUGCCGACUGGGCCGUCACCUCGGGCAUUAACGACGGUAUCCCCAUGUGCCAGAACCUUAAGAAGGGUUCCCUUAAGCAGAUCAACUCGAACCAGAUCGUCGCCAUGGACCACAACAUGAUGGUCGCUCACCCCGACUGGUGCGGCAAGGAGGUCAAGGUCUACCGCCCUGACGGCUCCGAGGUCACCAUUGACGACGGACCCCUCGUCCUCUACGACGGUUGCGCCGCCUGCAUGACCCAGGGUAUCAUCGACCUUUCCGCCAAGGCCUUCAUCGCCGCCUCGCCUGACCGCAAGUGUGGCAACAACCCCGAGGGCCUCCGCGUCGAGAUCCUCGACAACUCCCCCUGGGGUGGUGACUCUGGCAGCGCCCCCGAGCCCCCCAAGUCUUCCGAGGCGCCUGCUCCUUCCUCGACCCAGGCCCCCGCCCCCACCUCUACUGAGGCCCCCGCUCCCUCGUCCUCCACUGGUGGUGUCCCCGAGCCUUCGGCCGUCUCGUCCAUCGUCAAGUCUGCCGAGCUCCAGGGCCACAACUUCAAGGCUAAGCCCACCACCGCCUCGGUCAAGAGCGAGCAGGUCUCCUCGACCAUCUCCAUCCCUGACGAGAUCCCCACCUCUGUCCAGCCCGACCAGGUUGCUCCCACCUCCGGCUCUGAGGCCCAGUGCCAGUACGGCAAGUGGUCGUGUGACGGCAAGGACCUCCAGGUCUGCAACUACAUCACCAACGACCUCCUUGACUGGGAGUGCGUCUCCACUUGCGAGAACUACUGCGAGGUCAAGGACAACGGUAUGGUCACCUGCCAGUAA